GAUACGUGAGAUUCAAAAUGAGGGAUCGAGAGGAUUUAUAUAUUAUAGACAAGAAUCACCAAUUGCCUUUCUCGUGAUUUUAGAUGCCAUUUUGUUUUUUAAUGAUAUAGAUUUAUUUGAUAUAUCCCAUCUCUGCUUCAAUACAAAUCACCUAAUACACACCCCAUCUCUCACGCCGCUACGCAGAGCCCUUCCGCCACCAUGGAAUCUGUCCCCACCGCCCAUUCUCCUCCCCGUCCGUCUCCCUCCCGUCCCGAACCCCGCUCCCUCGGCCAAAACAUGGCUCACACAGUUGGAGUCUUCCAAGCCCUCAUUUCUUUCCCCUUGAUGAUACACGCGGGCGUAUUUACGUUUUGGUGUUUGACGCUAGAUGCUAAUUUUACGAUUUAUGAUUUCGUAAAUGCUCUCUCAAACGCCUUUUUCUCAGCUUCGAUAUUAUUCAUCAUCAUCACACAACGAGGGGGAAACAGCGGAGAUAUCACUAAAGAAUUUAUGGUCUGGUUAGAAGUAGCAAAAAGCGGUUUCGCCAGUGCGGUGUGGCUUUGGCUACUCUUCGAUAGCAUCUUUGGUCCCGUCCACAACUCCUAUAACCGACCGGCGUCACGAACGCCUCGAAUUGCACAGGCGAUUAUUAGUUUUCUUGUUUUACCUUUCCUCUUCUACCCUACUCUCGCCUUCGCUAUCUACGAUCUCAAAACAAGUCGGGAAUCCGAAUUGAAUGUGAAUGCACGGGAAUCAGGGGCAGAAGUAGAUGUAGAUGAAGAAGCUGCUGCGGGAGAGAGAUCACCUCUGUUGAGUAGAGAGUAGUUUUCUGAUUUAGAAUGGUGAAUUCGUCUGAUAAUUUGGUCUUGCGGGAUUGUUGGAUAGACGCAUUGGAGACAACGAAAUUGGAAGCAGGUAGAGAGAGGAGGGUAGAGAAGAAAAUGAGAACGAAAAUAAAUAUAUACAAGAAAUGGGAUGUAGACAGUAUUGAAAGGUUUGUAAGAGUGGCGUAAUGUAAAGGAGAGGCAACGAAGUGAAACUAAAAUGAAAAAUGGAAAUCAUAGAGGCUAUAGAAACUUGAUAUCGCCAAUGUUGCAAUUCAAUCCACCAAUCUUUAACCCGGA